AGGGGCAGCGGGUGGGUGGAAGCUGGGAGGCUGUGGGGGGCCGGAGCCCUGGGGGCCACGCCAUCGCCGCCCCUGCCGAGGACCCCCGCUCUCCUGCCCCCCUGGCAGCUCCCCAGAGUCACCACGGGUAAAACACAAGAGGUCCUGUAGACAGUGGCUAGCGACCCUUCUCAUCCUUUAGUCUUAUAAACCUGAGCCUGGUGGCAUCUUGCAGAACAAGGUGGGAGGGUGCGAACCCCAAACCAAGAGGCAAACCUCGCCAUGGGCAGAUGGUCUCCCUCCUAGAUCCACUGUGGGUGCGCUGCUGGCCAACAAGCUGGGAUGGAAAUUCUAUGAUGCCGAUGAUUACCACUCUGAGGAGAAUCGGAUAAAGAUGGGGAAAGGGGUACCACUGAAUGACCAGGACAGGAUUCCAUGGCUUUGCAGCUUGCACGACAUUUUACUAAGAGAUGUGGCUUCGGGACAGUCUGUCGUUCUAGCCUGUUCAGCUCUGAAGAAAAUGUACAGGGACAUCUUGAACCGAGGCGGAAGUGACGUGCCUCCGAGAAGUGAUGAGUCAGCAAAGGAGGAGCCGCUGGCUGGCGGGAAGUUCCUGGUGGUCCACCUCUGCGGGUCGUUUGAGCUCAUUUAUGGACGCUUGCUCCAAAGGAGAGGACAUUUCAUGCCACCCGAGUUACUGCAGUCCCAGUUCAGUAUUCUGGAGCCCCCAUCAGCUCCCGAAAACUUCAUCCAUAUCAGUGUGGACAAAGGUCUCCCAGAGAUCGCGGCUGCAGUUCUGGAAGCCCUCAAGUGAAGUAUUCGCUUCACGCCUGUGGGGUCCAGCGCGCUCUGCCUCCAAGUCCCACUGUAUAUUCUGAAUUCAUUGUUUUAGAGACAGGGUUUCUCUGUGUAGACCAGGCUGGUCCGGAACUCAGAGAUCUGCCUGCCUCUGCCACUCUGGAGGGCUGGAAUUAAAGGCGAGGACCACCAUGGUCAGGCUGUAUUCUGAAUUCUUAAUUGGGAACAAACCGCAGCGCGUGGAGGUGUGGCGGUGGAGACGGUUGUUUGACUGUAUUAGGAGUCCGCGGUGUGCUUGGAAAGACAAGGGGGAGGAUGUUAAAUGUUAAAAAACUGGGGCUGGAGAGAUGGCUCGGCAGUUAUGAGCACUGACUGCUCUUCUAGAGGUCCUGAGUUCAAUUCCCAGCAACCACAUGGUGGCUCACAACCAUCUGUAAUGGGAUCCAAUGUCCUCUUCUGGUGUGUCUGAAGACAGCUGCGGUGUACUCCCAUAAAUAAAUGAGUAAAAAUAAAUAAAUCUUUUUUUAAAAAGUUAAAAA